GGAAAGUUUAGAGAGACAGCCUCGCAGCCAUGCUUCUUCGCCUAGUGAAGUGGGACUUGUCAUCUCACUUGGAUUACCCUGAGCUGCAGCGUCUUCGUUGCCUGGACCUUGAGUUUAAGUCUGCUUGCGACCCCAAGCUGUGCCGAGCUGCAGCCGGCUUCGCCCAGCGGCGGGUGGUGCAGCCCUUGCUUGAAGCGGUGCUGAAGCCUGGGCGAUGCACAAUCACGGAUCUCAUCAGGUACUACACAAAGGAACGCCCGGCCUGUAGCUACAUCUUGAAAGCCAAGAACUUCAGCAUUCCAGCAGAGGAGGCCUUUAUUCGGGUGCCUGGAAUGACACACUCCGCAGAGCUCUGCGUAGUGGGGCUGCAGAGUGAGGAUUCCGCGCACUCGGUGGCAGAGCGACUAUUGAGGAUGUUUCAAGAGCAGUGUCUCGCAUGGCGCGAGAACCCAGAAACAGUGAUCAGGGGCUCUUUCAUUGGCCCUGAGCAUAUGCCACCUCGGACCUUGGAGCGGCCCGGAUGGCGUGACUGGGCCUCCUUCACAAGUCAAUUUCCAUGGAAAGACGCCACUUCUGAGGAGACGCAGGGGCCAGCCUUUCGAGCUUACUGCCUGCGGAGUAAUCGACAUAUCUAUGAGGAGAUUGAUGGCAAAUGGUUCAGUCGAAGUAACGAGACUUUGAAGAAGCCCAUCGUGGUACCUGCCGGACUCUACUUCGAUUCUGAGCUCCUACUCACAGCUCGAUAUUUCUCUACCAUGAAGUCCUAUGCCGAUCACAAAGCCUUGACGGUGAAGCUUCGCUUCCUUUGUGACGAUCUAGUGCUGCAAGCAGCCAUCCAAGAGCUGCGAGCCUAAAGGAGACUGGGACUUUGGAAGCUGGGUCAUGAGGACGGGAGGUUGCUUUACCCAUGCAAGGUUCGGACAUGUUCAUGACCGAGCAUCGUUGAGGAGAGUCUUCCAAGUGCUCGGCCUCGCAACGCUAUACUCUACUGGUCAUGCUUCGGAGUUCUGUUCUGGUUCUCUUCUUCUUUUGCGCUUGGGAUGAACAUGGCUUUCCGCCCCAACGCUGGAUGUCUUCCUCGUGGGUAGGAGGAGCUGUUGCGUCUUAGCCUCGUGCCAAUCUUCGGCUGCUAGGGGUUGACGCUGGAGGUCAGAUGGAACUUGAAAUCCAGAAUGUACCAUUCAAACAUGCAAACCACACAAUGCAAUACAAUUCUGUGUAUUUAUGUACUGUACUGUCAUUAAC